UUUUAUCUUUUUUCUCAAAUAAAACACAUAAAUAUUGAAAAAGUAUUUUUUGGCUUUAUGAUAAUUGCACACAAAGUUGAAAAAAUGGAACGUUUCGCUAUAAAAAUUGACAAAAAACUUAAAGCAAAUUUAUAUAAAAUAUGUCGCUUGUGCGGCAUGGAUCAUCCUGAUAUGGUGCAGAUUUUAACAGAAAACAAAAAUGAAGAAGAAAAGGACCCCAUAAUGGUGGAUGCUGAACCCCAAUUAUCGCAAAAAAUUCAAGAAUUAAUUGGUCUGACGGUAUCGAAAGAUGAUAAGAUGCCUCAAACAAUGUGCACGUUGUGUGUGGAAAAGAUUAAUGAUUUUUAUGAGUUUAGAGACAUGUGCUAUGCUACCAAUGCACAAACACGCAAACUUUUAGGUCUCAAACAUCAAGAAAUUAAAAAGCAACUUCCCGUGUUAGAUAUUAAAACCGAGUUAUCAAUUAAAGAGGAAAUGAGUUCUUCUUCAGUGUUAAUUAAUAAGGCUAAUAAUCGUAAAAGGAAAUCAGAAGACGUAACAGUAAAAAAAGAGACAUCAGCCAAUGCCGCAGUAAGCAAUAAAAAGUUACGCUUAGCUUCGCAAGCCCUUAAAGAGACAGCCCUCAAGAAGGUUAACAAACAAAAACUAUCUAAUAUUGACAAUAAGACUGCGGAAUUUAAAGAAGAAAUAAAAGAAGAAAUUAAGGAAGAGCCUGGUGCUAGCGUUAAUUUAAUUACAACUAUGCCGGGUGGUACUGCUGCAGUCGUUACGCCCUCCUCAAAACUGAAGCAGAUUUGCACUAUAUGUCCAGAACGUUUUGCUAGCAAGGCGAAAUUGGAAACACACCUUCGCACCAGCCACAUACCUAGGGUGGAGAGGUAUGUUUGUACAGCUUGUGAUGAGAUUCUUAAUAAAAACUUCGACAUCAAGAAUCACCAGCUUUGGCAUAGACAUUCUAAGACUCCCUACAAAUGCGGUUUGUGCGAUGAAAGGGUUUUGAGCUUUUAUGCAUAUGCCAAGCACUUGCGGGAUCAUAGUUUUGAAACACCACCUGCCUUGCUUGUUUUGGAUCGUGAAUGUCCUCAAUGUCAAAAUUCUUAUGCCACGAAUUUUCUUUACAACAUUCAUCCAUGUGCGGUGCACACUAAACGCUGUGCUGGUUGUAAUCGUUUACAACGUUCUGAAAGUGAAUAUUUGAAACAUUCCGCUCAGUGCGCGAAGGUCUAUUUAAACUAUUCCAAACACAUAUUGCCUGCAGUGGCUGCUAUGGAAGAUUCUGUACGAAUUAAAAAUGAGAAUGAAGUUGAAGCGGCAGCCGAAGAAUAUGGCCGAUAUUCAGGAGCGGCUCUUAAUAUGAAUCCAGUGGUGUCGUUAACUCGCCUGGGAUCACCCAUGCUAAGGGCAGCUAAUUCCUCUACAGUUGUCUCAGGUAGCAACCAACAAGAAGAAACUGCAAAGAAGAGUAGUAAGAAUAGAGUUUCGAAAAAGGAUUUCAAACGAGUAGACGAAUUGCUCAAGUCUACAUUUGACACGUUAGUGAGCAUUAAACAUGAACCAGAAAUGCACAUGGAUACAGAUUUAUCGGUAUCAGUAACAGACAGCGGUCUUGAGUCUAAUGAGCGAGAGUCCAACGAACAGGAAGACACGGACGAAAACAAUCAUAGCGAUGGGGAUUACGCUGAUCACAAUGACGACAGCAAUGACCAAGAAAUGUCGAAUGCUGAAAUCGGGGAAACAGCGAAAAUUAAACAAGAAGUUCAUGAUUUGUCUUAUGGGAACUCGGAUGCAUCCAAUGCAGAGUAUUCUAAUAAAAUGCCGGUAUUAAAGUUAAAAAUCAAAAAGGAACACGGUCAACUGAAUUCCUCGUUGGUGGAUCAAACCACAGAGAAACGUGCCGAAAAACGUAAAAAGAAGAAGAAACACAAAGAGAAAGAGAAGACGACCAACGAUUAUGAAAACGUGAAAGCUGUUAGUGGGGAAGAAGUGCAAGAGGCAAACCUAUGCAUAAAAACCGAACCAAUCGAUAUGGAGACAGAUAUGAACACUGUUGAGUUAAACCCACAACCCGAGGCUACCAUAAUGACGUCUAUACCCAUGAUGCAGUUGAAAAUUGCUCGCAUUUCCGAAGGCGUGGAAUUCAAUAGUAGCUCCGUUAAGGACGAUCAAAUAGAAGAAACAUUGAAUCGCGAUUUGAUGCCUUUUGAGGAGGACAUUAAACCGAAUAGAGAGGAAUUAGAUAAUUUACUUAAAAUAACACUUGUUACUGGCGGCGUAGAAAUGCAAUCGACUGCAGCUGUUGAAAAUUCUUCAUUGCAAAGCACUAUGGAAGAGGACAGUGUAAACGAAAAUUAUGAGCAUCUUGACGAACAGCAAAGUGAUAUUUUAGGCAAAGAAAUUAAACAAAAGGCACCAGUCAAAUGGACGAAAGGACGUAAUAAGGCUUGCAAAUCUACAGCUGGAAGAAUUUGUAAAGUAUCUAAUACUCAAACAGCAGAAUUGCAAAUUUCUUCAAUACAUGGAGGUGUUUCAAUGUUAGAACAUUCAUCUACUCCCGAAAUGAUGCCAGUGUUUAUAAAAGCCGAGCCUCAGAAUCGCGGCUAUUCGGAUGAACUUACAGAGCUAACGACAGAUGAACUCGAUGAUUCGGUAGAAGAGAAUGAAAACAUCGCAAAACUUUCUUCUAUGCACGACUAUGUUAGCGAAGAGAUUGAUUUUGCUAAUAUAAAAAUUAAACAAGAGAAAGAUCUGGAUAUUCAUGACGUUCAGAUGAGCUCUAUGCAAACUAUAAACGGCUUAAAAGCUAAGAAAUUCUUUGUUAAUAAUUCCAAUCAAGAGUUAGAAAAUCAACAAGAGUACGAUGAAUGCAAUUAUGGCGACGAUGAUGAUGACGAGGAUGACAUAGAUGAAGAAGAGGACGAGGAGUCUGACGAGGAGGACGAUGAAAUUGAAGAAGAGGAAGAGGAAAGGGAAUAUCGUGAAAUGGAAUUACCGCCAGCACUGGAUGCGAAUCAUGCUGAGGAUGAAACGUCUGAUAUAAAUCUUAAAGCUGAAUUCCAAUCUCCAACUGAAGUGAUAGGAAAUCCGCAAACUCCUUUCAUUAUAAGCAGUGUUUGUACAGCACACGUUACAACUAAUCAGCAACCCCAGCAAGAGUGUACUGACAUACCAAAGCAUAGCGAAAAUGAUUUGCCAGUUGCCGACAUCAACGCGAUGGUCACAGAAACGGGGACUAAUCAGGCUCCCGUGAAAUAUGAGCCUGACAGUAACCGCGGCAAAACCGAUUUAACUCAAAUUAUGCAGGCUCCCCAAACAAGUCAGCCGACGGAUUUAACAAUCUCAUCGAUUGCAGCCGGUUGUAGUGUUAACUUUUCGCCAACAUUAGCUAUCCCUAAUCAAGAGGCCGAUGAAACACCGCCAGUACCAAAUGUUUUAGAAGUUCCAACUGCCAGCAAAAAAGCAUUUCAACCACAUGAUGGGAAUCGCGGCGAUGAUGAAAAUGUAAAUUUGACAUUGACACGAGUUCGCGAGGGAAUCAUACAAGAGCCUAAAGAUGUUCAAUUAGAAGCUCAACCUUUUGGCGAUACUACUUCCGUCGGCAAUGCUAAUCUGGAUCAGAAUAUAGAAGAACAACAAAAUCAACAUAAUCAACAGAUUUUGGAACACCACCAUCAAAGACAUCCUCGUCUUACAGCACUUGUAAUGCAUCCGUAUUUGGAGGACAUAUCGUCAAGCACGAGCAGUAUACUCAGCGAUUCUUUACUAGAGACACCAAGGUGCAGCACUGCGCCAGUACAUAUACACCAGAAUGUAGAAGAGACUGAAAACAUCUUAAACGAAUCCAAUCGACAUUUGUCAAGAAAUUUCAAUUUUGAUAACAUUAACGAAAUUGCUGAAAAUAAUAAUAAUGCUAAUAUCGAAAGAGAACUCCAAGACGGUGAACUGGCUCGCCAAGCAGUGGAACAGCAAGCACAAGACCAACAGCAUGCUUCCGGGCAACAGCAAGCUGAAGAUCAACAGCAAACUUCUUCAGAGCAACAUGAAACUGAAGAACAACAGCAAACACAAGAGCAACAGCAAACGCAAGAGCAACAGCAGGUUGAAGAACAACAGCAAUCUCAAGAUCAACAACAGCAGGUCCAAGAUCAACAACAGCAGGUCGAAGAACAAGGACCGGUUCAAGGGCAACAGAUCGAUGAUGAUGUAACAUGAAUUUCGCGUUUGUUCCAUUGAUCCAUCAAAAAUACAUAAAUAUCGCGUUAAAAGUGAAGCGAAAUUAUUAAAUUAAUGUAAAUUACAAAAAAAAAAAAAAACAAUUUUCAUUUAUAAUUUAAAAUAGUUUAGCAUUUAAUUACUGAUCAAUCAAGAAAUUUAUUUUUACUUUAGAAUUUAGAAUUUGUGUGAUUUUUUCAUUUGCUUUUUCGGUUGAAAUGGUUUUU